GGCGCGCGCCCGCGGAAGCGGGUGGGGGGGCUCGCGCGCGCCUGGGAAAAUGUUGCGCAGAUUCUAAAAUGGAACGUUGUCGGCGGCGUGAUUGAGCGCGAGGGGGUGUGUGAGCGUGAGUAAGACAGGGACCAGCGGCAGCAGCCACCACCGCACCCGCCGCCUUCUUGCAGCCGGUCCCCCCGCAGCGGUACGGGGAGCAGCCGCCUCCUCCUUCCCCCUGCAUGGAGCUCUCUGCUAUCGGGGAGCAGGUUUUUGCGGUGGAGAGUAUCAGGAAGAAGCGCAUAAGGAAGGGUAAAGUAGAAUACCUGGUGAAGUGGAAAGGAUGGCCCCCAAAAUACAGCACAUGGGAGCCGGAGGAUCACAUCUUGGAUCCUCGCCUGGUAGUGGCUUAUGAAGAGAAGGAAGAGAGAGACCGUGCAUCAGGAUACAGGAAGAGAGGGCCUAAACCGAAGCGCCUCUUAUUACAGAGGCUUUAUGGUAUGGACCUGAGGAGCGCCCACAAGGGAAAGGAGAAGCUCUGUUUCUCUCUAUCACGGCGAUUUGGAGGAGGAAGCAAUCUGGCGGGGGCCAAGCCAGGACAGACAGAGCUAUCUGAAAAGAGUGGGGGAGGCGUCCUACCAUUCCCACUCCGGAAGCAGCGCAAGAACCAGAAAUAUCUCCGGCUGUCGCGGAAGAAGUUUCCACGCAUGUCAAGCCUGGAGAGCCGUAACCACAGGCGUGAGUUCUUCUUGAAGGAGUCAGUGGCACUAGAAACUAGGCAGACUCCCAAUGACUGGGAUGCGACGCAGCAUGCUAGCAAAGAAGUGUCUGGGUGAAUGGACUCUUUCCGAGGUGAGAGUAGAGACACCUCAGAUAUCUGAGACAGAAGCCAGGAAAUGCCCAGUUAAGGGGUCCACAUUCCAUACCCAGGUGGGACAACAGGGUGCAGUACAGGUAAAGUAAUAGAGAGGGGAUGUUUCCCUCCCCUCUCCAUAUAUUUUUGUGGCUCUCUUUGGGUGCGGGUUUGUUCAAUCUGUUCUUGAGUUUUUUACACUGUGGGGAAGUGGAAGUGGGGGGUAUUUGGGUCCCUCACUUUGAGUGGUAGAGAUUAGGAGCUUCAGGGGAGAGUAGAUGUUUUUAGCUUCCUCCCCUCGGUGGGGAGGAGCAAAGAGGAAGACUCUUGUACCCUUUGGACCCCCAAAGGAGUGGCAUUGAUGGGCUUUGGAGAGAGUCACAUCCAGCCCUUCCCUUGGCUGGAUUUGGAGGUACAAUGGAGGAAAAUCCUCAGUUUGUUAGGGCCCCCUUAGGCCCAGGGAACAUGGGGUAUCGGGGAUGAGCUUGAAAAAAAUGAGUUCUGAUUGUUUGUUUUUUAUUUUGGUUGGUUGGUUGGGGUGGGGGCUGAAUUUACACUACAGUGAACACGUGCACUAACCAGGAGACCUAGUGGGCUGAGAUCCAGUUUCCAGAUAUUUCCCCUAAAGUGGGAUAUUUUGACUCCCAUUUGGAAAGAGGGUGGGGAAUGUAUAAUGAAAAUGCUGAUGGACCUGUAAGCAUGGUGGUGCUGUUGGGGGCUGUUGUAGUAUCAGCCUGCACAGCUGAUUGUGUGUCUGUCGUUCUUCUUGCCGCUCCCCCUUCUUUCCCUCACCUUUCAAUGUCCCAUUAUUAUCUUCCCACCUCUUCCCUCUGCCCCUUACUUUCUGUGUGGGAGGGUUAGACACCUACAGUGCCUUGGAGCAUGUGCAAACUUGGCACAGGUUGAUGUCACCCACCCAUAGCCAGCAAGGGUGCUCCUCUUCUGCUAGCCCUUCAUUCUUUUUCUAACGUGUUCUUAUCCACCUCCCCCUCUGCAGUAGGCAUGGAUGCAGUUGAUGGCAGCCUCCCCUGGAUCCCCACCUUGUCCCCCAGCGAAGUGACAGUGACAGACAUCACGGCGAACUCCAUUACCGUGACCUUCAGAGAAGCACAAGUGGCCGAGGGCUUCUUCCGAGACCGAAGUGUGCAGUUCUGAAUCUCCAUUUUUAAUGUUCCUAGUCAGAUUCUUUUGGGGGCGGGGUGAUUAUUUCACUCUUUAAAAAUAUCCAAAAUGUUUCUUUUAAAAAAUGUUUACAGAGGAGGGUUUUUUUUGUUUGUUUUUUUUUACUGAAGUCUCAUUGAUUUUUCUUUUCCCCUUCAGAUAUGCAAAAACGAAAGGCAAUGUACGCGGUGCCCGUGUUUUUGUUUGUUAUACUUGUCUGUUGUUGCUUUGUCCAUCUGAGAAACUGAUACCCCUUUCCUUGGCAAAGACUCCCCUGGUAGGGCAUUUUGAGAACCUUUUUUGUCUAUGUAUUUCCUUUACUCUGUUAGUUCUGACAGCUGCAUUUAGGGUGAGAGAGGACACGGAGAUGGAGAAGGGGUUGGACCUAUUGCUUGCUUCCCUGAUUUGCAGCUGUUGUCCCUUGGGUAAAGAUGCUUCCUCUGGACAUCACCCUCCCCAUCUUCCUCCUCCCGCCCAGCUAAUGCAGUGAGAUGUAAUGGACCCGAUCACUUUAGGUAACUCAAGUCUGUUACAAGCUUCCUCCCUUCCAUAUGUUUUAUCUGUGGCGGUAUUGCAGGUAAUCUGUUUGCCUGGGAAGGUAGGAAACUCCAUGGCAAAUAAUGAACGGGACUGAUGUUUACAGUGUGAUUCCAUGAAGAGUGAAGGGAUGUCUUCCUUGUCUGCAUGAUCCAUUUAUCCUGUAACACAUAGCUUUGUAAUCUCCUAGCUGUGGUAUAUUAGCUACACAUGCUCACUUUAGAUUUCUGAGCCUUUAAUAAAGGCAUCACUGUAACUUAAUUGCCCUUUAGGAGGAUAAGUGUAUAUAUUAACAUAGUGGUACUCAUUUUUCUCUCUCCAGAGACCUUCCCAGAACUCUUCUCUCUGACCAGAACCCUUCUAUGAUCUAGAAAUAUGGGCAGAGAAAGGUGUUUAUAUGUAACCCCCCACCCCACCCCCUGGGGGAUGAGGAUUCCCCCCAGGCUGAGAACCCCUGUACUAAAAGAUUUACCAAACCCAGACUGUAUAUAAAUAUUGUCCUGAAAAUGCUUUACUAAGUCAGUGAAAAGGGUGGCUCUCUUCUUGGGAAGAAGGGCUUAUAGAGGGAUUGAAACAUUGCCUGGCAGUGCUGGAAAACCGCAGAUAACGGCAGAGGCCAGAUGCAUGAGAAGUAAGCAGUGAAACUGGACUUUAGCUAGUCAGUUUCCACUUUUAGGUAGUCUUUUUUGCUCUCUGAUCAAAUUUAAAGGGCAAAAGUGAAUAGCAUAAGGGCUGGGAGGAGUCUACUAGACUUCUAACAUUUUUUAACUUUUAAUUUAUCCUCUAAAGUGAUAAGGACUCUUGGACUGAGUGUCCUACUUAUAUUUUCCCUCCUCAACGUACCGUAUUUGUGACCUCAUCCUUAUUUGUUCCCUUUACCAGGGGAGUUUCCCUUCUGAGGGUUUAAAAAGCUUUGCCAAGGAAAACCAUCUGCAGUUCUAUAGACUGCACCUGAUCUUGCACUUAAAAACGCCUGGAGAUUUGUGCUGGAUUCUACCUGUGACAUUUUGGGGUUUCUAAGAAUUGCUGUAUCUUCAAAGUUGAUGUUUAGCAUCUGUUCUUGCAUGCUCACUCUCUUCCUUCUUUAUUUUAAACUUAAAAAUCUUUCUCUCUGUGGAAAGCAAGAAGGGAAAGCUAGGGCCUUGGGUGGGAAUUGUGGGGCAAUGUGAUACAGUGCAGCCUUGACUCUUUCUUCAUUUACUCCCCUCCUUUAAUUCCUUCCCUCCAAAAAAAAAAAAAAAAAAAAAGACUUCAUCUGCUGGUUUUGUGCUAUCUGAAGCUACUUUCAUACAGAGCUGAAGCUAAGUGUUAGUGUAAAUCCUAAAUGCUGUUUCUCUGCAGCUCUUCCCCUGGAGGGCUUAGCUCCUGCAGAACUUCAGAGUUCUGCAACGCUGAUGCUUUGGAUCCUGCAAACACUUGCUUUUUACAAAGGUUUUGGACUGCCCCUAAGCUUGCUUUAAAUGCACAUUUUACCUCUAAUAAGCUCUAGCUGCUUACAGGAUACUAAGAUUCACCCUCCAUUGUCUGAACUAGACUGCCUUCCACCAGGUCAUGGUACUUGCGGGAUGGAUUGACACGCCCUAUAUUUCGGGUGUCUCGGUGCAAAUAUUUUUGUCCCUCAAAAUAAACACAAAGUGGGGAAUGCAGGAGACUGCCCCAGCUCCAAGUUUUAAUGAGUGGUGAAUUUUGAGAGGAGGGGUAGGGGGUGAAACCUGAGUUGAUUUUUUUUUUUUUUUUUUUUUUUUUAAGUGGUGGGAGUAGGUGUCAGAUGAGAAGAAGGAGUGCUGAAUCCUUUUUAAAAAAAAAAAAAAAUAGAAACAGUGCAACCUGUGGGAUAAACAUAGACUCAGGACAAAGUUUGUCAAUCGUGGUUGCCUAGAGUUAGGCUUCUAAAUACAUAUAUAGUCACCUACAUAGAAGUGUCCUCUUUCCCCAUCCCUUCCCUCAAAAAAAGAGUGCUGAGCACCUGCAUCUUUUACUGACUUCCCUGAGAGUUAUAGGUGCUCAGAAUGUCUGAAAAUCAGGGUGACUUUGAUCCAGGUGACUCUAGAUUUAGAAGAUUAAUCCUAGGCACCUGAGUUUGAAGAACUUACUUCCCAACUCAUUGUUCCAAACCUUUGUAGGAUCUGGAAGAGAGGCUUUAACUUUUAUUUUUUUUUUAUAUGUGGGUACGGCCUUCUAUGCACUUUCCCCAGUUUAGUCCAGAAAUACUGCAAGAAAAACUCUUGUUUGUGGAUGUUUCCAGCCCUGGCCAAAAUCUGGGAAGCAGCAGAAAUCCUGUAAAGGGCAAGAAAAAAGCUUCUUCUCUCACCAGACUUCCGUUCUGCUUUUCUCUCUCCUUGGUUUCACCGUCUAUGCACCCAUUGAGAUUUUCCAGACCAAAGAAUUCUGUCUUGACAUUCAUUUUCUUUGAAGAACACUGUUUUUGCAAACUUGACUAUAAGUGGAAGCUCUGGAGCCCUUGCAAACAGGAUUCACCCACUGCUUCAUUUUUAACCCUUUUGUAGAUGUUUACUUGUAUUGCUUCUGAUGACUAAAAUCCUCUCCUGACCUAAAAGGAUUAAGGAGGUAUCUUGGUAGCCGUACUACCUUAUGCCCAAGUCACUGGGGGGGUUAAUUCAUUUCCAGUUGAGAUGCAGAACUUUGCUGAUGUGUGGGUUGGCUUUUUUGGGGGCGUGGAGAGAACAAGUGGGGAGAGGGUGUUUUGUGGUAGGAAACUAAACAUGUAUUUAUCGAUUUUUAUUUUAUUUUAUUUUUUUUGACACAUCCUUAGCAAGGUUUGCAUGUUGUAAAAAUCAAUCUUGCUCUCUUAACAGAAUGGUUUUAUUGUUUAGUCUCUGUAAAGUGUCGUUCUCUUCUGAAAAGUGACUAGAGAAAUGGUGGCGUGGGCUCCAGGGUGGUGGAAUGUCAAUGAUUUUCAAAUCAAAUGUGCUCAGUUUACAAGUGCAAAGUUUAACUGCAAACUCAGCCUGGAAUCUGAAAGUCAUGCGGGGGCCUUUUUGGCUGCUAUCACAAAAAUCAAAGAUUCUGUGAUUAGAGCUUCACUAGCUAUUAUGUUUGAUGCAAGAGCCAAAAUAGAGUCCAGUUGGAGCUUACUUUAAUGAUUCUGUUUGAAAUAUGAGCCAGAAUAGAAUCCAACUGACUCCCCUAUAGCUCUGUUGACUGCAAGGCUGAAGCAAUGCAGACUGACUUCAGCCAGCAGAAUCGCACAAAAAGCAGGUCCCUUGAGUAAGAAGGGACUGUUCUUAUAGAGUCAGUCUUCAGAACAGAACUGCACUGUAAGAACUUGCCAGCAGUUCGUAGGGCAGGCAACGCUUGUUUCAUGCAUCUGUUCAUAGUGGUAUUUUAUGUAUUGUUUGUAUCAUGUCCACACUUAGGGGCCCCUGUCACAUUGGGACUCGACUCCAUUGUACAAGGCACUGUAUAAACACUUGUUGAAGACUGCUUCGGGGCCCCCCCCAAUACCUUCCAUCCCCACACCCAAUAUUUUUGAUUCCUCCGAGCACCAACUACAAAUCAUUUGUGGUAUCUUAAGGUACAUCUACGCUGGAAAAAAAACUCCUCAGAACAAAGUCUCAGAGCCCAGGUCAACUGACUUGGGCUCCCACUAUAGGGCUAAGCAUACCAGUGUAGAUGUUCCCAUGCCCAGCCAAGCAGGAACAUCUACACCGCUAUUUUUAGCCCCUCAGCGUGAGCGCAAGUCAGUUGACCUGGGCUCUGAGACUUGCUGCCCCAGGUUUUUUUUGUUUUUGUUUUUAAACAGUGUAGACCUACCCUUAGUAGCCCUGUGUCUCCAGCACACCCCUUAUUCUCCUGUAAUGACUUGGGCCCUUGGACGUGUCAAGUCCAAAUUUGUUUUCAGUGGCAGACAGGAUAUUGUGGGAACACCCAAAUGCAGUUCCUUUUGCCAAAAUAAACCCAAGUCUGCCAGUGAAGUGACCCUGACUAAGUCAGAGCCUGAGACAGAAACGAACAUAGAUGUGAUUUAACAUAUCAGAACAGGGUGUUUUUUGUUUUGUUAGUGUUGUGAAACUGUCUGGAAAGAUUCUUCUGGUGUGUUUGACUGAAUGUGUGAACUUGGUUUUGACCUCAUGGGGCCCAUGGCCCCAGUACUGCUUCCUGCUCUACCCCAGCCCCACGCUUAGUACUGUUUGACAGUUUAACUGGAAUAGAGAGAGUGGCCUCAUGUAGGCUGAAAAAUAGGCAGGCUGCUAAUAGGAGAUACUUAAUGCAACCACCACAACAAAGGUUGGGGUGAGGAAAUACAGUGCUGAUGGCUGUGGGCAACAGCCCAGGGUUGAUGGUUAAAGCAGGGCCCCUUUGCUGAACAUUAAUUUCAUGCUUUUGAAAUAGGAAAGAAGCAAACCUCCUUUCUAAAAAUGGUAAUAUUUUCCCUUCUCUUCUGUUCCUAUUCCAUAUACUCUUCCUGUAGCCUAGGAAGGAGGGCAUUGUAGCUUCCUGGGACAGUGUAGGGGCUGCUCGAUGAAUGGGGCCCCUAACUUGUAGAGUCUGGCAUUCCUUGGACUCCAGAGUUGUGCUGGAUCUGUGUACCAUAUCCCCAUUGUCAAUAAUGCCCUUGCUAGACUGUUCAGGACAGACUAUUGGGUAGAGUGCCUGUUACUUCAAGAAGAGAGUGCAUUGCGAUGCAGGGAGCAUUCAUUAACUCCCAAAGCCCUUCCAGGGUCUGCAUCAUGCUGAUACUUCCCAUUGAAUAAAAUCAGAUGCCAAAGUGAGAAAUCCAGAACCUUUGUUCUUGUUGGAGACUUCUGCUCCAAUCCUUUGUAAGUCCCAAUUCUGACUAGUUAAUGGCUUCGUUCAGCUGGGAUGUGCAUUACACAGUGGCCUGUGACAGCUUUGGUUUUGCCACAGAUUUGUUCUCAUCUUUUCACUCAGAUGGGGAAAAAAAAAAGUGAAUAUUAGAUGGGGGUAUGCAUGGAGAGGGGAGUAUCUAGGAGAUGGAGUAUGUUUCUGUUCAGUGUAGCCUAGUGUAUUCAAAUGCACAAUUUUCUUAUCUCUUCACUUCCUUCUCCCUCUUAGGACAUCACUGCCCUGCAUCAGCAUUUUAGAAGGAUUAACUGGCACUCUUCUGUGUGCUCUGAAUGGGUACUGAGUAAGUGAGCAUGUGUGGAGAGAGUCGUUUGCUUCUGUGUUAAGUAGCUGGGUCUUUCAGGGGGAGGGAAAGCAGAGACUUAUCUUUGUGGGGGCGGGAGCCAAACAGGAGAAUGACAGUUCCGAUCAGAGCCAUUAUUAGAAAGGAAAAUCUACCAUUGGCAAAUGCAGGUGAUGGGGACAGAUUGUUGCAAGUCAAUAUCUCCCAGAACACAAUGGUCUAAAAAUCAGCUCUUUCUCAUGUCAGAGGGUCCGUGUUGUCCUCUGCCCCACCGAGCUCAAAUGCCCAUAAGCCAGGACUGUAGCCUUCAUGCAAAAGGAGAAUGAUUGUCCCAAAUUAUUUUACCACUCAGAUGAAACCUAAGCUCUUAAGCAGGUGGAAGUGGUUGUGGGACUUGCCCAAGAGAUGAGCAUUUGUAAAGCAGGGGUAGGUUGCCAGUCUCAUCAGAACAGUUGCUGGUGGGGAAGGGCAGACAUAGCAUUCAUUCAGAACCUCAUAUCUUCCUCUAACAUCCAUUUCAGACUCUUUGUUAGGAGAAGGAAUGUUUCCUGGGGAGUUGGCCACUUCCCGGAUUUCUGAAUGGGCAAUGGCUUCUGGAUGAUCAGAAGUAGCACAGAGCGAUUGAGCCCAAUAAUGGAAGCUGGUAGUGGCUCCCAUUGAAUGGGAAGACUGAAUUACUGUACCUGCGAAAUGGGAUGGGUAGAAAGCUCAGGCUCAGAGAGAGGAUUUGCUGCUUUCAUUAAUUGUGGGCCACUUGUUACCCUGCUUGUCUUUUCAGAGAAGAGGCACGCUCCCCUCCCACAACUGUGUGUGUGCUGGAGGUGCCAGAUUGACAUCUUUAGGUGGGAGGGGGUGCACUGUGUGAUGGUCAGAAACGUGACCUUUUAAAAUCUAUCUGUUCUGUAUCAUUUUAGUGCUAACAGUGGGGAAGGGUUGACCAGAAAUGUAGAGGUAGCAUCAAAAACUCUCUGAAAUCUAAAAAUGUUAGUCUGCUUUUUGGCUUUUCUUAAGUCAAGGCCUAAGUAUGUUUGAAGCACUUUGAAGAUGCAAAGCACUGGGAGCGCUGAGUACUCGUAUUGCCUCUUUAAAAAAGGGGCAUUUGAAAAGGGAAAGAUGUAUCCAUUUCAGACCACUGGCUAUUCCUUAUCUCCUUUCCACAGCUGCCAUCCAGCCCUUGGCAUCCCUUCUACAGUUGUAGGGUGGGUUUGCCAUUCCAGGCAUCCCAAGUGAACAAGGGCACAAUGAAGGAGGGAAGGAGACUUUAAAACUCCACAUCCACCUUCAGAACAUGUUUUCCCCCACCACUUGCGGUAUAUAGGGGAGUUAUUAGGUUCUGUUCCCAUGUUAAGUAGUCCCAGUGCUUAGAGAUGGCCGAGAUGUGAUCCAAUGGGUUUCUUCCAUCUCUAGUUAUGGAGACCUCUUUUUAGUUCCCUUUUCUGGACAAAUUGCACUUUAGUAGCUUAAUGGGGAUGGGAGGCAUGUGUACCUCUUUGGGGUGGGGUCGGGGCAACCCAACAGCUGUUUUCAGUGGCUGCUGGACUCUUCCAGUGGGUUAAUGUCUCCCCUCACGUCCAACAGAACAGGUGCAAAGGAACUUGCUUAAAAAAAAACUAAUCACGAAGUUUAGGCUUUAAAAAAAAAUCUAAGUUGAACAUUUUAGCUGGCUAUAUGGGGCGUUUUACUUAGUAGCAGGUACCUGUGUUUGGAGGAAGCCCAAUCCUCCCAGCUUUUCAGCGUUGACCUUCUCUACCAUGCUCCUGCACUGCUUGAUCUAGGUUCUUCUAAGACUGCUGUGUGACUUUAUUGCCUAUUUUAUAUGCUUGUUUUCCACCAAGGAUGGGGUUGGGGAAGGUUACUUUAUUUUUUAUUCUUGGCAUGAUAGAGCACCUGAGUCUUUGCACAAGAAAGCUUCCUUUGCACAGAAUGAGCUUCUAGCUUUUGUACAGACUAAUUGAAUGUAUUUGGGCAAAGGGGACUGAGGGAACGAAUCAAUUCCAAACAAACAAAAAACCCCUACAUAUAUAAUGCCUUUUCUGAGUGAGUGCUUGUUGUAAAUGGAGAUUGUAAUACAAAUGGGAGGACAGGUCUAGUUACAAUUUGAUGCAAAGUGUGGUUUUAUUUUUGUACUGAUAUGGAUAAGAGACUGUACAGCAUCUAUUUAUUUAGAUGAUUUAUGUGGUAAAUGUUGCAAACAAAGUUAUUAAAAAUAUUAAAUAUGAUAACUGACAUUUAA